AAUGGACAAAGUCCAUUCACCUGUUUUGCCAUUCUGCAUCGGAUUCUGCCUGUACGUUUUCACCACAGAGUGAUUGGAUAUAAUCCAUCAUAAUUGACAUGAAUAACAAUGUGAAAGAAGUUCUUUACAACGCAUUGCUUGAACUCCGUGAGAAUCAAUUUGAAGAAUUUAAAUGGAGGCUAGAAUGCAUUAACUACAAUAGAAUGCAAAACAUUCAUAAAGCUUUUUUGGAGAAAGCGAACCAACAAACAGUUGUAGACCUCAUGAUUCAAUAUUAUGAAGAAGAUGCUCCAGAUGUGUUCAUUCAUGUCCUUCAAAAAAGCAACAUAAAUGACAUUGCUAAAAAACUUGAGGAAACUUUAUUGAAAGAUGUUGAUGCUCAUCAAUUCCCAGAUUCCUCAGAUUACAGAAACUACAUUAAAAAUUUGUUUGCAACAAUCAAAGAUCCUAAUGCUGUUCCUGGUGAAUAUGUGCCCCUAAACCAGAGAUACUCAAACCUAAUCAUCGUAGAUUAUCACCCAUCUAAAAAGGAGAGAGAAGAUGAAAUUCUGGCAAUGGGAAGGAAACAUCUUGAAAUCAUCAGUAAACGAGCUGAGUCUUCAACCAGCAUUGAAGCAUUAUUUAACCCCGAUAAAAAUGGAUUCAUUCCACAAGUUGUUGUGUUAGAGGGAGCUGCAGGAUUUGGAAAAACCAUAACGGCCCAAAAAAUUAUAUUUGAUUGGGCUUCUCAACUACUUUACCAGGACAAAUUUGAUUAUGCUUUCUAUAUUAGCUGUAGAGAAAUGAAUCUCCAUGCAGAGUCACAGAAGACUAGUAUUGCAGAAAUGAUUUCAAACGAAUGGCUCAAACGUCAUGAGGUGAAUAAUGUCAUUCGAAACAUACUGAAGGAUGAAGAGAAGCUUCUGUUCAUAAUUGAUGGGUUUGAUGAAUUAAGGUAUUCCUCUGAUCAGCCUGAAAACUGCUUUUGCACUGAUCCCUGGCAGAAGGAGCCAGUGAGAAUUCUUUUGAUUAGUUUAUUUCGAAAAAAGCUUCUUCCUAAAUCCUCUCUUAUAAUCACAACAAGACCAACUGCUUUGGAGAAACUCCAUCAAUAUUUAAAGUGCCCACGUAAUGUUAAAAUAUUGGGGUUUUCCGCAAAGGAGAGACAAGAAUAUUUCUAUAAUUUUUUUGAAAACGGAGACCAAGCAACUCAAGCUCUCAGAUUUGUUAAACAAAAUGAUACCCUUUUCACCAUGUGUGUCAUUCCCCUUGUGAGCUGGAUCAUUUGUACAGUGAUGAAACAGGAGAUGGAAAGUGGCAAGGAUCUUCAGAAGACACCAUAUACCCUCACUGCAAUCUAUAUGAUGUAUCUCUCCAGUUUGUUAAAGUUUCACCAUAAAGAAGCCAAACAGGAUGUCCAAUCCAAUGUGAAAGGUUUAUGCUUUUUGGCUGCAGAAGGAGUCAGGAAACAGAAAACAUUGUUUAUGGAGGAAGAAGUCACUUUACAUCAGAGAGACUUCCUUUCCCUUUUUCUGAAUGAAAGCAUCUUCAAAAGGGGCAUUGGUUGUAUUAAAACCUACAGUUUCGUUCACUUAAGCUUCCAGGAAUUUUUUGCUGCUUUGUUUUAUAUUCGAGAACCGCAUUCUGAAAAUUGGAAUAAAAAUUUACAGAUGCUAUUAAAAAGAGAUAAAUCUUUUAGGCCUGAUUUUGCAGUAGGAUUUCGCUUCCUCUUUGGUUUUUUAAAUGAAGAAAAAAGAAUGAGAGAAGAAUUGAAAAAAGAAUUUGGAUGGGAAAUUUCUCCUAAGAUUAAAGAAUCCUUAUUAGACUUUGUAAAAGAUAGUAUUCCAAAAAGGGGAUCUAAUUUCCAAUUGCAAAAAGAAAUGUUGAGUUAUUUAUAUGAGAUACAAGAUGACAAUUUUAUAAAAAAUGCAGUAGAUGGUAUCACUGAAAUAGAUUAUCAGUGCAACUCAGAUAUGGAAUUGAUGAUCCUUGGCUGUUGUGUACAACACUGCCAGAAUUUAAAAUACUUUUCUGUUGAAGGUUCUGCAUUUGUAAAUCAUGCAGAGACAGAAACUUGGGUCAUCAACAAGGAAUGGAGUUUGGAUGAAACAUAUAUGGAAGACUUCUUUCAAGCACUGACAAAACUGAGAAACUUAAGUACCCUCAGGUUCAUUGGAUGGUCUUUCACAGAGUCCUGCAGCAGGCAUCUUACUGAAGUCUUCAAGAAAAACCAGAAAUUGAAAGAGUUACAGUUGUUUCUCGAGGACACAGAUGAGAAAGCAGUGGAAUUGCUGUGUGAGGGACUCCAACAUCAAGUCUGUAAACUAGAAAUACUACGGUGA